AUGGGGCAUCACCGGGACCCCCCGCCCGCUACCGCAGGACCCGCAGCUGCCCUCGGGCCGCCCCUGAGACCCCGCAGGCGGCUCAAUGGCGCCACCUGGCGGCCGGGUCCGGCGCACGCCCGCGCUGCCGCGGAUGGGGGGGUCCGAGGGGAUAAGACCCGAACUCCGCUCAAGGGCAUGAAGAUGAUCCCUUCACUGGGGCUCCUAUUUGCUGCUCUCUCUGUAGCAAGAUGCGUCCCUGUGCAGCAGGUACCCACCCGCAGCAAAGUCCUCCUGGUGUCCUUUGAUGGCUUUCGGUGGAACUACGACCAGGAUGUGGACACCCCCAACCUGGAGGCGAUGGCUGCAGAGGGGAUGAAGGCUCAGUACAUGACUCCUGCCUUCAUCACCAUCACCAGCCCGUGCCACUUCACACUACUGACGGGGAGGUACCUGGAGAACCACGGGGUGAUCCACAACAUGUGGUUCAACACCAGCACGGGUCAGAAGCUGCCCUACCACAGCACGCAAGGGGUGGACGGCUGGUGGGACAACGGCAGCCUGCCCAUCUGGAUCACAGCACAGAGACAGGGUUUAAAGACAGGCUCUAUCUAUUUCCCUGGAGGAAAAGCAAAGUACCAAGGGGAGGAAGUGCAUAUGAAGUUGGUGGAGCCCCUCCUGUUCAACUACAGCAAUGAAACCAACUGGAGGCAGAACAUCGACACUGCGAUGGAAUGGUUCACAGUGAACAACCUUGACUUCAUCGCCCUCUACUUUGGGGAGCCGGACUCCACAGGGCACAAGUAUGGCCCCGAAUCCACACAGAGGAAAAACAUGGUCAGGCAGGUGGACAGAACCAUCGGUUACUUGAGGCAGCGCAUCUGGGAGAGCGGCCUGGAAUCAAACCUCAACCUUAUCAUCACAUCUGAUCACGGCAUGGAGACCGUCAUAAAGACCAACGAGAUUCACAUCCAGACCAUAGAGAACUUCACCUUCAAAGACAUCCAGUUCGAGCUCUUGGAUUAUGGACCCAAUGGACUGCUGGUACCAAAAGAAGGAAAACUAGAGCACGUGUACUCAGUCCUGAAAAAUGCCCACCCAAACCUUCACGUGUACAAGAAAGCAGAAUUCCCAAGGAGAUUCCAUUAUGCCAACCACCCUCGGAUCACCCCGCUCUUGCUGUACAGCGAUCCAGGCUAUGUGAUCCACGGGAGGUACAAGGUCCAGUUCAACAAAGGGGAACACGGUUUUGACAACGAGGCCAUGAACAUGAAAACCAUUUUCCGCACCGUGGGACCGGCCUUCAAGCAGGGGCUGGUGGUGGAGCCCUUUGAAAGCGUCAAUGUCUAUGCCCUCCUCUGCCAGCUGCUGGGCAUUAUCCCUGAGCCUCACGACGGCUCCUUGGAGCCCAUCAAGCCCAUGCUGCGUUCCAGUGCUCCUCUGCCGCCCGCACAGGACCUGCCGGUGGUGCUGGGAAUCGCUCUGGUGCUGGGAUGCUGGGGAGGAAAGCGCUGACGCCCAUCAGAGGUAACUGAGGUAGGGGACAUCCAGAGGAGCCCCUGGGUGCUCCUACCCAGGCAUGCCCCUGUCCCACUCCUUUGUGGUUUGCCCCUCUGUGAAACCGCUCCCCACUCCCGGGGGCACAGCAGACCCUUUGCAACCCAACAGAGGGAUCUUUACUGCCCAGGUUGGCCUUGACACCCUCAGUCUGCUCCGUGGCUUCACUGUGACUGGAGACCCAUCAGGACAAGUAAUUCCCAAUCCCAUCUUCAGCAUGGCACAUUCCCAGUGAUACCCACAG